AUGGGCGACUCAGAAACCCGGCGGCGAGGACCAAAAGUCACGUCCUCUACUGCGAAACUCGCCGGCCAUGUCGAUGAGCAGCCAGAAGACACCGACUCACGAGUGAUCUCCUUGCUCGACGUCCUGCGCCUGCUCCUUACCCUUGUUUUUGCGUCAUGCCUGCUAUCAUACUACCUCACCUCAGGCGCCUCCUUCACGUUCAACUAUAAUCCCUGGUUUCUCAACGCCUCAAAACUCUCAACCUGGUGGAGCGGGCCCCUCCUGCUGACGCCCGCACAGUUGGCGCUCUACAAUGGCACCGACCCUUCCAAGCCAAUAUACUUGGCCAUAAACAGUACCAUCUUUGACGUCACCGCGGGAAAACACACUUACGGACCGGGUGGAAGUUAUGAGGUUUUCGCCGGUCGAGAUGCCACGAGAGCGUACGUGACAGGUUGUUUCCUCGAAGAUCGGACUGGCGACCUGAGAGGAGCGGAGUGGAUAUACAUCCCGGUGGAAGACGACCCGGACGAGGACAUUUCAAGUGGAACAAGGAAGCUACGCGCGGAGAAGGAGCGCCGAGAUGCGAAGAAGAAAGUCCUCGCAGAGGUGGCCAAGUGGGAGGAGUUCUACAGGAAUCACAAGAAAUAUUUCGAGGUCGGCAAGUUGGUGGAUGUGCCGGAGUAUGUGGCUGAGGCACCGAAGUUGUGCGAGCCAGCCGAGAAAGGACGGCCGAAGAGGAAGAAUAUGAAUGCAAAGAAGGACAAGAGGGACAAGAAGGACGCGCCCGGGAAACCUGUACAAUGA